CCAUGGCGUGGCAGCGGCGGGCUACGGCCGGGAUCCGAGCCCGCGGCGCGCUGGCGCUGCUGGCUUUGGCCUUGUACGCGCCCGGGUCCCAGAGCCGAGCGCUCGAGUGGUACUCGGCUGUGGUGGGCAUCGAGUACGUGGACCCGCAGACGAACCUGACGGUGCGGAGCCUCUCGGAGAGCGGCCGCUUCGGUGAUAACUCUCCCAAGGAGGACGCGCAGGGCCUAGUGGGCGUCCCGCUCGCGCCGGGAGGAGACCCCGAGGGCUGCGCGCCAGGCACGCGCUUCUUGGUGCCCACGCCUGGCGGCCAGGGGCCGGCGCCUUGGGUCGCCCUGGUGGCGCGGGGGGGCUGCACCUUCAAGGACAAGGCGCUGGCGGCGGCGCGGAGGAACGCCUCGGCGGUGGUGGUGUACAACGAGGAGCGCUACGGGAACCUCACAGCGUCCAUGUCCCACGCUGGAACAGGAAGUAUAGUGGUCAUUAUGGUUAGCUAUCUAAAAGGAAGAGAAAUUUUAGAUGUGGUACAAAAAGGAAUUCCAGUAAAAGUGACCAUAGGGAUUGGCACCCGUCAUGUGCAGGAGUUCAUCAGCGGUCAGUCUGUGGUGUUUGUGGCCAUUGCCUUCAUCACUAUGAUGAUUAUCUCCUUAGCCUGGCUAAUAUUUUACUAUAUACAACGUUUCCUGUAUACUGGCUCGCAGUUUGGAAGUCAGAGCCAUAGAAAGGAAACUAAGAAAGUUAUUGGCCAGCUUCUACUUCAUACUGUAAAGCAUGGAGAAAAGGGAAUUGAUGUUGAUGCCGAAAAUUGUGCAGUGUGUAUUGAAAAUUUUAAAGUAAAGGACGUUAUCAGAAUUCUGCCAUGCAAGCAUAUUUUUCAUAGAAUAUGCAUUGACCCAUGGCUUUUGGAUCACCGAACAUGUCCAAUGUGUAAACUUGAUGUCAUCAAAGCCCUGGGAUAUUGGGGAGCAGAACCUGAGGAUGUUCAGGAGCUGCCCACUCCUGAGUCUACCCCUGGAAGCAUUUCGCCUGGGAAUGUGAGUGUAGCUUCACAAGAGGAGGGCAGAAGCAGUGGCAGUGGCAGCAACCUGCCAUCCUCAUCCACUAAUGAGUCUGGGCCACAGUGCCCUACCACUUUCAAAGAAGAUGCAGGGGAAAGCACAGCAUUACUUGAAGCCGGCAGGAGCGACCCUCAGCGUGGAGGACCCAUCUCCUAGCGCACAUCCCUCACAGACACAUGGCUUGAACUAAAGAGGACUUUUUUUUUUUUUUUUUUUUUAGCACAUAGUUUAUAUACUUGAAAAUAAUGUAUAUUUUACCUUUCAGAUUCAGAUUUUAUAUACAGAAGGCUAAGAUAUUUUACUCUUAAGGAGACUUUUUGAUUCGUCUUCAUAUAUUUAUCUACAAGAAUACAGUGUUUAUGAUAAAUUGUUUUGGACUAUCAGAGAUGAUGCCUAGGGAAGGCAUGCUAAUGUGGAAGGGGGGGGUGUUUCUAAAUACUACAUUAGUUACUACAGUACUGUAAACAAAGUUAAUUUUAUUUCUCAAGCUUUUUAGACAAAGCACACCAAUUUUAGAUUAGUUGAAGUGGAAUUGUGUGAUUAAAUUCAAUAAUUGAUCAUAUGGGCUUUCUCUGAAGAAAAACUUACAAAACUUACUUUGCACUUAAAAGAUGAGAAAUAUCUAGCUUUCUUGCACAUUUUUCAUUGUACAUAGAGAUUUCAGAACUUGAGAAAGCGAUUUCCAUUGUUGUCUGGAAUUAUGAGAAAAGCGUUAGAUGACUUUAGGAAUUGCAUUUUCCCCUUUAGUACGAACUACUUGUGACAUCUUAAUGGAGGGAAGUUUGUCCACCUUUCCUACAAAUAAAAAGUUAAGACUUUAUAUUUCAUAUAAGCAUUAAGUUAUUUGCUGCUUGAUUAUGGAAAUCAAAUAGGUGUACUAUUAUUCAUUUUUAUAAUGAUGAAUAUAUUGUAUUGGUUCUAAUUGUAAUUUAAUCUUUACAGUUAAAAGAAUGAUAGAUGAAGAAUUUUUAUAUUUGUUGUUGGAAUAAAAUAACUAGUUUUCUUGAUUAGUUUUUAAGCAAGCCUUUGAUUAACCUCAACUCCCCCCCCCCCCCCGCCACACCCACACACACAAACACAGUUUUUUUAAACUUUUAUUUAAUGUUCUCUUUGGUCAAAUGUAAAGCUUUUGGAUAUUGCUGUUUAUAAAGUGAUCAAAAACAACUCUGUUCUUUUCUCACUUCUUGGAGGUGAAAAUCAAGGACUAUGUAGCAGUUAUUUCUUUUAAAGUGUAGAUUAUAUAGACAUUUGUUGCUUUUUACUUUGUUUAUUGAGGAAAAUAUGAUUUUAAAAAAUAAUUUAUAUUAUAGCUAUAUCUUGAAUAUUAGGGUUUAUGAAGCUUAUUUUUUCUCCAGCUAUGUACUAUGUAUACAAACUGAGUCUAGCUACUCAGUAAAAUUUUUGAUGAAUUGUUUUACUGAAAUAAAUUGUACAGCCAGAUUUGAUACAAGGAGUAUUGAAAUAGAAAAUUUGUCUUGCUUUGAGUACUUGUUUUCGUAGGUAGCCUCAAAGUUAGUUUCCAUAACAGCUGUUAUCUUGAAAUCUACCUUUUGUGUUCACUACAAAUAGGAAAAUACGUUAUUGAUUCUGUACCAAGUAGCUGCCUUUCAAGAGACAUGUAAAAAAAAGUGUUUUAGUAAUUCUUUUGGUAGCUAAUGAAGCUGUCUCAGAACACUGGGACAGACCAAGGUUAAUUAUUUUUGGUUAAUUAUAGAAGUGUAACUUCUUAAUCAGCGGACAUCAAAAUAGCUUCCCUCAACUCUUAACCAGAAUAUUUAUGGAAACUUUUAAAUUUAAUAAAAUGCUGGGGAUUUGGGGACUCUAGAUGAAGAUUACACUAAAUGAGAUUUAGUUACUUUCCUCCUAAAAAUUAUCAUAAAAGCCAUUUGUUCACAUAAUGUGGAACAGUGUUUUUUUAACUUUGAAAAUCAUAGGAAUGGUGUGAAGGAAACCAAAUCCAUGACACUGAAGUACAUGAUGGUUCCCUGCCUGCCUCGCCUCUUCACUCCCUGGGGUGUGAUUGGCAUUCUGACUUUCCCAGCAGAAAACCUCAAAGGGCCAGAAAGGUGUGAAGACAUGGUCAUUUGGCAGGUAAUGGUUUCUUAUAUGCUGUCUUUUUUGGGAUCUUGGACAUAACAGCCUUUCUAGAAAGAUUGCUCCCUGUGGCUACUGAGGAAUGAUGACAAGAAAAGGCCGAAUUGCAGUGUCUCCCUCAGCAGUUUGCUCUCUGGGUGCACAAUGACAAAAUCUCCUGAAGCGACUCACUGGUCUGACCUCAGUAAUGCAGGAUGAAGCUGCAUGCCUAGGGGAAGCUUUCUGAGUGGGAGGGCUAAGAAGGGCAUUCCCAGAGAUUGGGCAGUUUCAAAGAAAAAAUAAUCACUGAUUCCCAGAUGACACUGGGACUUGACCACCUAGUUAAUACCUCUCUUUGUACCCUUGUACACAUACUUAACCACAUCAAAGACGACUGGAAUUGUAAAAAUAAUAACAGAACUUCAAAAAUAGGUGUGUGUCCAUCUGGAUGAAGUACCCAGUAUAACCAAAUUCCCCAAUAAGACGGUUUAAUUUGGCAGCAGUUGCUUUGAGCACAUUAAAAUUUAUUUGUUCUUGAAGGAUAAGAUUAAAUCAGCAUGUAUAUGUUACUAAUUAGAACUCGAGGUAAUUAUAUUUCAGUCAAAAGCAGUUUCUACGGGCCCAGGAUAAGCUCCACUUUGCCAUUUCCUAAAGCACAGGACAUUGGCUUGAAGCAAACUAGUUUUUUGGCAUAACAUGUUAUGAUUCUGUGACGAAACCACCGAUGAGAAGAGCCACCUACACCUUUCCCAGCUAGUUUAGUUUUUAAAGUCUUAAAAACAUUUUUUCAGCAUUUCAAAUGCUAGUAAUUGGAUUACUAGUUAUAAAAGUGAAAUAUCUGCCAUGUCAUAAUCUACCAUGUCAUAAUCGGCCACAUACCCAGAGACUUGCCCUCUUACUACAGGAAUAUAUUAAAGAAAUUGUGACCUGAAAAGUACACGUGCUGCAUUCAUUCAAAAUGUUAGAAAAAAGCUGUGUGUGAUGGCACGUGCCUGUAAUCCCAGUGAAUGGGGGUAGUGGGGGAGCUGAGGCAGGAUUACCCAGUUUAAGGCCAAGUUAUUGAUUCCCUGUCUCAAAGCAGAAACAGGACUGAGGAUGUAGCUCAGUGGAAUAAUGUCACUGGGCUCAAUUUCCAGUAGAGGGCCAGGGGUGGGGGGAUUGAGAUGUUAGGAAAAAGUCAGGCCAUCUUUUUGAUGAGCUGUGGGCCUAUGUCAUGGGCUCAUGAGAGAAGCCUGAGAUUACCAGUACCUCCUGUGGGCUCAUAUCAGUUACAGAAUUCCAGAAUUAUACAUGUGCCUUUUGAAUGUUUCUUAUGGCUUUUCUUGAAUUGAACAGCAGUGAUUGCAUAACAAAACAGAAUGGAUAGAAAGGGAAAUCACAGCAAUGUGUCUUAGUAAAGCACAGUGUGCUAGAAUUACAAUAAACAUGUAACAAGUUCUUAAUUUUCUAGAUAUGUUACAUUGUCUUAAAGGGACAUUAAUCCAGAAGUAUUGCUUAAAAUAGAACGAGUUAUUCUUCACUCUCCAUGGGAAUGGGAAUGUAUAGAAGAGUAUGCUGUUUAAAAAUAGGUGUGAAUGAGUAUGUGCUCUGUAAGAAAAUUGCAUGAUACCAUUUCUGUGUAAAGUUGCUUAAAUGAGUAAUAAAUACUGUUGAUUUGAAUUAUUUGGUUAUAUUUUAGGAUCCCAAACUCUUUCUCUUUUGGAAUAACAUCUUUUUCUACUCUUGUUUAUUGUUCUGUUUUUUUAAACAGGUGAUAUGAAGAUAUUAAAACUAAAAAAGAUCCUGAGAA